AUGGUAAAGACGUGUAACAAGGGUCAGAAGAAGAGCGCAGUGUCCAGGCGGAAGCCUGUAAUCUUGGGCGCAACUAAGGUUCUCUGCAGCGUCAAAAGGCGUACACCUUGCGAGAAGUUGCCACCGGAUAUGGUGUUCGCACCUAUCCAUCGCCCAGACCAUGCGAGCCCCGACUACACCAUCCCCGAUGAGAAAGCGGAGGAGACUGGCAAGCGCGUCACUCAAACGCCCGAGAACAAGCUGAAAUGGGUCCUCGCAAUCCUCUUCCUCUGGGUCGACUUCAACGAAGAACCCGAUGUUCUGGGGACACAAGUCUAUUGUAUGGCGUGUUUCAGCAAACUGGUCCUCGACAACAGGGAAGACUCGAAGAAGCGGGGCAAAUGGUACCUCAGCAACCUGUACAAGCAUUUGAGGACCGCGAGACACCAAAGGAAGGAGAAGGAGUGGCGCAGGGAUAAUCCCCAGAAACCCUGCAACGAGGAGGUGCCUGUCGUUCAGCGAUGUCUCUACGGAAAGCCCAUCUUCCCAUCGCCAUCUCCAUUUCCAUCGUCGUCGUCGUCGUCUCUUCCCUUCCCUUAUGUCCCACGACCCAUCUUCCGACCUUCAACUUUCGAGGAGUUGUUGUCCUAUGGUAACAUGACCAACGGACGACAAAACAAUUCAGUCCAUACAUCCGUCCAGGGCCCCGAUUUCAGACGAGAUCAGUAUCCCGCGCUUCGUAGACCAGACGAUGUACAGGCCGGUUUCGUCGCCCGUUACUAG